AUGUGGGACCAACCAGCUUUAGAUAUUGCCCACCAACGACUUCCCGAUGCAGAUACUCCAAUAGCCAACCUAAAAGAAGAAGGCAUCACCAUCCCUAGGGUUUCAUCAGGCACGUUUCCUGUACCAAGUAAUUUACCACAACAGCAGCAGCAUGCAAUGACUGCAACAUCCACGCAGUCAAAAAUGACUGCCAAGGCAGGCAGUAUAUUAGCAGGUUUACAUGCUAAAGAUUCGGUCGCGUCUUUCAAAUCUACUUCUGCCCCUGGUUCUGCUCCAGGCACUCCGCCUCGAUCUGACGGCAUACCAUUUCUCGCGAACGCAAUGGCCUCGCAGUUUGAAAAAAAAUCUGGAUUGGCCGAACAUAAUGCCGUACAUAUGAAUGAAUCACCCAACUUUUUGUUGAAAGGAAUCAAAAAUCAAUAUGUGAAUCAAAAAUCAGCCAGUAAAAUCGACAGUUCGUAUCUGGAAAGCCAUAAAGUAAAAACUCAAGAUUCUGCUACGUUAUCAUUUACUGAUAUUUCUACUGCUGCACCAAAUAUCCCGGCAUCUGCAUCCUUCAGCAGCUUUGCACCUGAUACCUCCUUUUCUAAUACUGCCUCGGGAUUUCAAAGUGCCUUGGGUUUGAGCAAACAGGCUGCACAUUCCAGUUCAACAACAAGUGUGAACCCACAACGGCUAAUUGAAUCCGGAAAGUUGAAAACAAUUACUUGGUCCGAUCUUGCUGUCUGUUUGCGUAUGGCAGAGGCUAGAUCUAUAUCAAACGCGAACCAACCGCUUAGUUCUACGCCAGAAAUCUGUAUUCCUGAUGCAUCUAAUGAAUGGACACAGCCUGCUAUUCCUCUACUGAUUGAUAUGCGCUCUCAUUCAGAAAAUGAAAAGAUAAGCAUAAAAAACUCUGUUCAUGCAAGCUUUCCAGCGCUUCUAAUUAAACGCUUUAAACGAUUGGCAGUAUCCAACUUUAAUCUCAGCAAUUUUUUAACUAGCAAUGACUCGUGCGAGAUUUAUGCCAAGUGGCGGCAAGCAGUACUUGACAAUCGAGACAAGAAUGUGCGAUGUGUUGUUAUUAUAUAUGAUCAAUACAUGUCCACAUUAAAUACGGAUAGUGAGGCGUGGGCUUUUGCAAGUGUUUUAGCAGAGAGUAUGUCGGCUGAUUUGAUCAAGUACCGCCCCACACAAAACUCAACAGCUACCGCUUCUACCGAUUUUUCAGUAGAGAAUGCUGACAAUACAAUAACUGAAGAUCAAUCCAACAAAGUGGUGAUUGAAGUUGCCUAUAUGGCUGGUGGUAUGUCCGCCUUCCUGAACCAUCCAGAAACUCGAUAUUUUUUAAAAUGUGGUAAAUCCGACCAAAUGUCUAGCCAGGUGCAAGAUUUAAAUAUAUCAGCAACACCAAAUAUAUCUGAUGUAGCUUCAUACCAUCCGGAGGUGCAUUCCAAACGACUGUCUCUUUCCAUUGGAAAGGAUACCAACAACAACUUCAACGCUUCUCGUAGUCAAAAUAAGCCACGAUUGGCAUUGAAAAAUAAGGGCAUUCCUGAAGUGGAACCUUUGUCAUCUUUAUUGUCAAAUUCGUCGACAAUGUCAAAAACUGCUAGUUCAAAUGGUAGUGGAAUCAUUUUGACUAAAAAAGAGCGUCCCCCACUUACUCUGGAUUUAGCCAGCUCCAGCAAAAACAAUUCUUUUCCAAACAAGUCGAAUCUAGCUAUAGAUAUAGCUCCCGCAUCUCCAAUUGUAAAAAAUGGUUUUGACGGACAAUCAUGUUCAGACCUACCCAAGAUACAAUCGUAUGAGACUGAUAUGGAUGUUGACACGUCUUUGACGGAUGUAUCUACAAAAUACGAUUCAACAGAUCGGCUUAGAAAAUACUCUGAUCAAGAUACAAUAAAUCAGCAAAGUGAUUCGCCCAUGACAUCACCCAACGAUAAUGCCGCGCCAUCUAACCCAUACUCAGUUGUUACUCCAAACAUUAUUCUAGGCUCUGAUGAGCUACCACUCUGCUCAAACGCAGUAGAACAACUUUCUGCUUUGGGGGUGACGCAUAUUUUAAAUAUGGCGGCAGAGAUUAAAAAUUCACCAGCUGUGGUCGAGUCGGCACGAUUUAGUAUCAAAUGGCUUCCAGUGCUUGACAACACGGAGCAAGAUAUGGAUGGUCCUCUAGCCGAGGCAAUUGAGUUUAUCUCCAAUGCAAUCAACACCAACCCAAAAGCUGUGGUAUUUGUCCAUUGUAAGGCUGGUCGAUCACGCUCAGUUAGUGUAGUCAUUGGAUACUUGGUAACAACAGCUAAAUAUACUCUUAAAAGUGCUUAUGAAAUGGUUCGAAAGAUACGCAAAGGUGUGAGUCCCAAUCUUGGUUUUAUGGCUGCACUAGUCAAUGUGGAAAGAGAUGUAUAUGGAGAAAACUCGCAAAUUGCUCAACUCUAUGACUAAAGCUAAAUGUUGCAAUUCUAGAAUGGAUUGGUUUUCAAACCUUUCAAUUAUUUUUUCAUGGUUUAUACUGCUUGUAUAAGCCUGCGUCAAUAAACGAUUUGAUAAUAAAGUAUAGGUUUUAGAGA